AUGGCGUUAACAGAUGUGAUCCUGCCCGGCGUCUCCAGAGUGGCGUGCUCAGUGACAGAACAGACGUCAGUAGUGUCACAGAGUAGAUCAGUGGGUGACGUGGGUGCAGCAUCCAAAUGCCAAAACACGGACUCCCUGUGCACUAGCUCUGCCCAUCACACCUCUCAUGACUGAUCUCUGACUCUCUGGCCCUUCUCUCCUUCCCUCUUCUCCCCCGCUCUCCAUCACCUCUUUUCUCUCUAUCCCACUCUCUCUUUCUCUCUUUCUCUCCCUCUCUCCCUUCUACCUCCAGUGUUUCAGGACACUGUGCUGUAAAGGACCGCCUCCUCCCAGACCUGAGUAUGACCUGGUGUGUAUUGGACUCACAGGCUCUGGGAAGACCAGUCUACUGUCAAGACUCUGCAGUGAAGCCACAGACAACAUUGGGCCAACCACGGGUGAGGUUCGACACCUGAUGAAAUCACAGUCCAAAUUCUCCUUACAGAGUUCUCCUUACACUGCGUGAAGUUUUUUGAAGUACAGCAGUCAAGUAUACCAUGCAUUGAAACAAUUUAGCUUCAGUAGUUAAGUGGUGAGCUUUCAGGCAUAUUCCCUACCUGCAGAAAAGAGCAUGAUAUGAGUAUUUUCCAACACUUAUACAGGUGCUUUACAUGUGCUGAAUAGAUGUACUUUCUCUUGCCUCUUUUUAAGCAAUGUCUGCCAUGUCUUCAUGUGUGAGGCUUUACAUUUCAUUCUCCUUUCUAGGUUUUAGCAUCAAAGCUGUUCCAUUCCAGAAUGCCAUCCUGAACGUGAAGGAGCUCGGAGGUAUUUUUUCACCUAUUUUCCAUUAUGAUGUGAACACAAUGUUCACGUUGUCAAAGUACUCAAGUUUCCUAGUUCAGUGGGCGAAUUUUUUUUGAAACGUAUUGGGUCUUCUUAUUGGACAAGUGUCAAUGGGACUUCCUCCAUUUCACAAAAAGUUUACUCCCAUUCCGUGCCAACUGAACAUGACCCUAGCUAUGCACAGUCCAACAAUAUCUGAAAAAUAUAACCAUAUAAGAACCCCUAAAGGUCCUAAAAAAAUGUUAAGGAACUUUUCCUUUGCUAGCUAAAUGUUAGAGUCCCCUAAGAUAGUACAUGUUAUUGAGACCUUGAAUGACACAUCCUCUAUGUGAAGAUGAGUCAUAGUUAUCUCUCCACUGAUGAUCUUUGCAGCAGAAAGCAACGUGUCGGACAGACAACACGCAAAUGAAGUAGCUAACACAUUCUCUCAAAUGUCACUCGCCCGCUGGGCGUGCAACUGUGUGUGUCAGAGAGGCAGUAAUGCGUAAGUCCUUUCUGCAGUGUGGGUGUGUGUGUGUGGAGUGGUCCGUAUGACAUCAUUGGUGUGGACAGGGACUCUCCCUUAUUUCCAGACAGGGAUCCCCUAGCUGCUGUUCUCUGAUGCCGUGUCCCAAAUGGCACCCUAUUCCAUAUUUAGUGCACUACUUUUGACCAGGACCCAUAGGGCUCUGACCAAAGGUGGUGGAUCAUAUAGGAGAUAGGGUGCCAUUUGGGAUGCAACCUGAGGCUGGGAACAUUCAGCCUCAUCCUACAGUUAGGAGCUGGAGACACACACCCCAAAAUGUUGACAAGGUGCAGAGUAACAGUCCAUAAACUUGGGGAAAACAAUGACCGUCGCACACUCUGUAAUCAGUUUAAUGUAUUAUUUAGCUAUUCUUUAGGGACCAAACCAAUGUUUCAAAGAAAUGUUAAGUACACACCAUAACGAACGCUGGCUGUGCGCAAUAGAUCACCUGUUGGGUGUCGACGAAUGGUGGUAAUUCAACAUGUAGAAUUGUGGGGAAAUUAACAGAAAAUAAUGGCCGAUGAUGUGGUAGAUAGAAUGGCCACCCGGCACCCGCUGCUUUUAACCAUUCGUCGGUGCAGUCUGUUUUGUCAUUUAGUUCACUCACUAAUGAAUGAAUCAUUGGGUGUCUCUGGUAGUUCGGGAGACAGUACUGUGAUGUUUGAAGGUUAUCUGUGGGGUGUUUGCAGGUCAACAGGUCAAACAGUACUGGUAAUGUUUCUGUUUGGGUCUCUCUUUAUCUCAAUGACAGUAGUCUUGUCUGUCUGCUAUGGGUUUUAGUGUUGUUGGUUCGUCUGCCCCCUGGCUGGGAUGUUUUUGUUUUGUCUCUGUGAUGUUUUUGGUCUGUGUGUGUGAGUCUUUAUGAGAGAUGAGAUGGGAGUUCAAAGCCAGUUUCCCAUCAAUGGGAUGAUGACACCAUACUGUGUGUGUGUAAUCCCUCUGUCCGUCUGUAGUUAGGUUUCCAUCCAAUUGGCAACAGAUUUGCAUGCGUCUAUUCUAAAAUCUGCAUAGAAAAUAUAUGCGCAUUUUCCCACCAGAGGUAUGUUUCCAUCAAACUGACUUAAAAAUCUGUGCAUAAUGAUAUAGUGCACAUAAAAGCAUUUUUACACUUAAAGUUUCUGGGCUCUAUUGCAAUUUCGACCUGUUAAAGCCAGCACUCUUAUUUAUUUAUAUAUUAUUAUUUUUUACCCAGCACCAGGAUUUGUAAUUUACCUGUCUUAUAUGAGCUCGCUUGCGCUUAGUUGGGAGGGGUGUCAAUAUCUGAGGCGUGUUCUUUAAAACGUGCGCCAAAGUGCCAAUUUCAGUAUGGGCUGGUGGGGAUAUUUAAGACCAACCGAAAGCUGGCCUUAGCGGUAACGCAGUUGGUUAUGGCAUGGAUUUUACCGAUGGUAGCACAGCAUAUCCAGCCGUGAUGCACAAUGCCCAUAUUGAACAAGAGAGAUGUGUUUUUUGUGCCAGUAAACCUCGUAUUUAGAAACAUAAAAAACAAAUUUUUCCCAUUUUCGUUUAAUUUGAUUAAAAUCCAAGCAUAGCCUCCACUCCUCUCAAUGAAGGCAUUUUUAUUUGUCCUGCCCAAUGCAUUCGCCAUGUAGUCAGGACUAUCAAUAAAGGGUUAUGCUCGUUAGACCGCUUUGAAAUAAAUCUUAAUCACCAAAAGGAUAUUGGAAAAAUCUAAUUUGGGAGCAACAAAACAGUGAGUGGACAUCCACUUUUUAUCUAUGUAGGCUAUUGUACAUUAUUUUAACCAGCUCCUAUUAUUAUUUUGGAUGUGCGUAAAAACCCCUCCAUGUAGGUUAUAUGCCCAUCAUGAAAUCGGAGAUGCGAUAAUCCGGUGGCACUCCUAAAUGUAACAUAUCAUCACGAGACUCCACGUUUACUUUGACAUGAUGCUAUUAUGUCAAGAUUUACGCAGAAAUACAUUUGUUUAUUUAUGUCACAAUCUAUUUUGGGCCACCUUGUCUAGCGUAUUUGGUUGACAAAUUUGCUGUUUCCAUAAGGCAUGUCGUGAACUUUUUAUAUGCGUCAGGUAAUUCAUCUGCAUGUAAUGGCUGAAUGGAAACUUGUUUUUUCUAGCUCUUUCUCAAUUAAUCUUUCCUCGAAUCCUUGCAUCAUCUCUCCUCACCUCUUUCCCCAAGAUGCAUUGGAGAAGAAGGGACAAGAGGGGGGAAACUUCCUACUGGGCACACACUGGUUGAAUCAACAUUGUUUCCACAUAAUUUCAAUGAAAUUACGUUGAACCAACGUGGAAUAGACAUUGAAUUGACGUCUGUGCCCAGUGGGUUGGACCUUCUCCAAUAAGGUUGAGAACAAGGUGAGGAAAUAGGAUGUGAGGAAUCGUGAAAAGAUGAAUUGAGAUUGAGCCUGUCUUUCUGCCCAGUCGGUUGGCAGAUCGCACCAGGAAGACGCUCUGAAUGCCCAGAUGCUCCAGUGUAGAGUAGACCAGUGUGUAGCAGUCAGUCAGUUAGUGUGUAGCCCAGGCAUCUGAAAACACUUAUCUCUUUAUUUUCUUGAGAAACCAAGCAUGAUGUAAUGCCAUUUGUGGAAAGUGUGGUUUCUGUUACUGUCACACGUGAUUGUAAUGCAAUAUGUUUUCUGGUAAACUGGCUUGUGGUCAUGUUUUUGUUACUCUAAAGCUACAUACAUACGUAUAUAUAUAUAUAUAGAUAGAGAGAGAGAGUGAGAAAAACACAAUAGCCAAUAGCCUACAUUGUUACAGGAAUUAAUGGGAAACUUGUUGCUAUAAUAGUCUAUAAAACAUCACUCAGAUGGCAUUUGAACAUUGGUUUCAAUAUUCAUCCUUAGAUUCAUGUUGUAAAUCCCUCUAAAGCCUCUAUGUUUCGGUGCACCACUGAAGUCUCUUUUGGUUUUUGUAGCUAGAGCCAGGAAGCCAGGAGGAGGCAGAAUUGAACAGGCCAGGCCACAAUAGUGAUGAAUAGCCUAGCUCUUAUGCUUGGCAGAUUUUUCAGCAUCUGUUCUUGAGCAAUACAUUAGUCUUGAUAAUAUGGCCUGGUUGAGACUUUACUUCCUUCCUCCCCUCUAACCCGCAUCCCCCUCACACAAUUAUUUGAGGUGUUUUGAAACGUAAUAGUUAAUCUGUAAACUGUUUCAGCUCAUAAUACUACUGCCACGCAAUAUUACUCCAUUUCAGAGCAGGCAAAUUGGUCUAGUUUUGGGGGGUGGAGUUUUUCAUGGAUUCUCAAAGGGUCAUAGAAGGCUAAUCGCCUGUAAACACUUGUAACGAGGGGCGGAGUCUCACCAUAAACUAGCCUGGGUUGUGUUCAUUAGGACUCUUUGUACCGAAAUGUUUUAAUGUGGUUUGCAAUGGAAAACAAGCCCAGGUAGUCCCUCCCUGUUUCAGAAAUGUUUCCUCCAUUUGAUGCCCUAAUGACUACCAUCGAGAUGAGGAUCCUUUUUACUAGCGAUGAAGGUGGGUGUGGUCAAAUUACAGUCAGGUCCACUUUUACUAUAGCCCCAGAGAUGGAAGAUUUAAACCAUGGCUUCCUCCUCUUUAGAUUUCAGAAAAAGAAGUGGGUGUUUUUCCAGCCACACUCAGGGAGAGUAAUUGAACUGACACAAUUGACCUUAUUCCUAUGAGUUUCUGGUUCUAUUCCACCACUCUGUCACUCACGCUAACCAAAGCCAUGCCCUGCCUUGUGAGCCUUGGUGGCCACAUUUUUGUACCCCCAAAUUGCUGUGCAGAAAAGGAACCAUAUGUUCACUGUAAAAGAAGAAGGUUCAUUUGAACUGUGCUGUAGAGUGGCCAGCAUAGGAAACUGCUUUAAUGUGCUCUCUGAGUUAGUUCUGCUUUAAAGAGAAUCUUGGUGUACGCCCCAAAUGGCACACUAUUCCAUUUAUAGUGCACUACUUUUGACCAGACCCCUAUUGGGCACUGGUCAAAAGUAGUGCACUAUAAAGGGAAUAGGGUGUCAUUUGGGCCGCUGAUUUUGUGUGUGUUGAAAACACUUCAUUUAGACAGACAUGUCGUUUUCCCACCGGUCCCCCAGUGCAGUGCAGAAGGCUAAAAGUUGGCAUGCAGUCCUGAAGUCUGAAAAAUACAUAAUGCAAUAUCCGCAAAGAUUUUAUGAAACGAGGGUAGAAGCAUUUGCAAAAUGCACUCCAGACGUGCUCCAAUUGAAAAGAUGUUGAAAUUCAAUGCAUUUUUCCCUUUCUUGCUGGAGGUCUCCAUUACUCAUAGGUAUCCAUUUUAUUUGCUGGAUUAUCAACGUACAAUUGAAUUAGGUAGAAUGAGCCUCUUGAAGUUGAGGUUGAAAGCCAGUUUCGUUGCAGAAAAACGUGACAGGCACAAAAAUAUAAUAUUUUAAUUGUUUAUGACAGUGUUACCAUUUAUAAUCAUGCUUUUGAUAAGACUGCUGCAGUUGUGCCAGUCAGGGAACAGGAGGGGACUUAGCUGUAAAUAAAAAUAGCAGAUACAUUCCAUUACAGCAGAUAGGUCCCAGAGCGGUCGGGCAAUUUUUACCCCCUUGGGCCUGGAGUUUUUACUUAAACGUUAACAUAACUAGGAAAACUCUGGACCCUAUAAGGUAUGACCGUGAUUAAUCAGUUGUAAAAAGGUUUUAUAUGGGCUAUGAUAGGACCAGUUUUUCCUAAUCAGGUCACAUGGUUUUAAAAAAACUCCUGAAAAAACCUCCUGUCCCGGGAGGAAUGAAAACCCUGUCAAACUGCAACUACCUUAUUUGUUCUUAUAAAUUACAUUUAGACUAGAUUAGGAGAGGGAUUUCCUCUACCCAGACACAUAGACAACAACUGAUAGACAAUAGAACUCACAGGGCUGAGCUUGCUUUAUGCAUGUUUGCAUCACGCAGGCCUAUGCAACUGUAGGCCUUAUAAAAAAUGUACUCACAUCUUUCAUCACUAUUAUGUUAAUUGAUCAAUUCCAGUUAAUUGGGAAGCCUAGCCAGCCCAAUUUUGAAUAUAAACUAAAUUUGAUCACAUUCACAUUUUCUCCUGACACACAAAUGGACUAUAAAUACAUAACGUUGCCAAUUAGUUUACCAUGGACCAGAUGGACUGGGCGCAUAGGCUGUAUGCAGCUGCUCUUAUUAGUAGCCUACAGUUGAUCAGACUGAAAAAUUGUCUAGUUUUCAUCCAUGUGCUCAUUUAUGUCAUGAGUUUUUGCUUGUGUCUGUCAGAAGUGAUUAUGUGUUAUCAUCUUUGCUAAAUAAAUACCGGAGGAAAGUGGAAAGCCUACUUGAGCGCAUGGAAAAAAUGUGAUGCGUCAACCUCUCUCUUUAAUCUAACUUUUAAUGGAUGAUGCGAUGGAAGCUAUCAAAUCAUUCUGAAUUGUUUUCGACAUCCCAGAAUAGAUAGUCGAAAGUUCGAUAUGUUCAGCAAGGAAAGCAUUGUAACGUGCAAUUACCUCUGCAAGCUCCCCGUAGCUACCCUUGUUGGCGGAACUUUCCCUCUCAUCGUGUCCUCUAAAAGCAAAUUCUUGCAUGCCCAAAAACGCAGUGGUGUUGAUAAGCCGCUUGAGAACAUCCCUGUUUCUUCUUACUUUCUCGUUUGUUGCGCAGUUUGAAUACCCAGACCUUCGUCAUAAUCUAUGCAUUUUUUCCCCAGAAGCUUGACUCUGAUGUGGCCAUUUAUAUGCUCCCUGCUUUUGUUUUGUCGUUUAGCUGAAUGAUUGAAGUUCUUCAGGUCACUGUACCCACCUUCUGACCAAGGCUCAGACUUUCCAAAAGCAGGGAAUGUCAGCAAUACAGGCGGCUUGAUGAAAGACUCCCUCUUAACCAGCUAUACUUUUGAUACCAGUUGGUAUUGAACGCCCUCACCUUCUCAUCCUUCUUCAUGAAACUGAUCUCAGGCAGAAGUCGACCCUCACUUUUAAUUAGCACCUUUUCCGUUUACCCCAGAGAAUGAAAGGGGUUCUUCAACAAAAAGUCCACAACAUUUUCGGCAGCGUUGGCCAUUCUGGCGGGGAAAACUGCAGACUCGAGCUGAUAGCUAGCUAGCUACUGAAGUUAGUGCAAUUUAUUUAAAUGUGCCUUGCUAACUGGACCCAAAAAUAAAGUUACAAAACCAAGAAAACAAUUUAUAAUAUACCUUCUCUGUCUCUUGUAAUUUGAAAAAACUAAUUUGAAUUGAAUAAUAUCAACAAAAAAAUGCUCAACUAUCACUCUUCACUCUUAAUCUCUAUCCAACAAUGUCACCAAGCUUCUCAACACAUAUAACCCCCAUUUAAUGCUCUGUGGCACAAUCCCAAUACAACACACUAGGUUCAUUCUCUGAUCCUAAUUCUAUGAUUGGAUGGACAACACUUCAGUUCAUACUGCAAAAGCUUUGAUUGGUUGGAGGACGUCCUCCAGAAGUGGUCAUAAUUACCAUGUAUGUCUAUGGAAGGGGGUGAGGCCUACAAGCCUCCUAGGUUUUGUAUUGAAUUCAAUGUAGCCAGAGGAGGACGGAAGCUAGCUGUCCUCCGGCUACACCAUGGUGCUACCCCAGACAGUCCUGUUGAAGUUAUUGUAGACCUUCAUUGCAACACAGUGUAUUUUAAUACAUUAUUUGGUGACAUAUUAAUAUAUUUAGUAUAGUUUGAUCUAAAAAGGAUAACUUUUUUAAUGUUUCACAAUUUUUAUUUUUUAUGAAAUUUCACUGAGGAGGAUGGUCCUCCCCUUCCUCCUCUGAGGAGCCUCCUCUGGUGCACUGGUACUAACUGUGUGUGCGUAUGCCUGCAUUGCUGUGUGUCUAUAUAUGUGCAUGUCUGUGUCUGACUGCCUGUCUGUCUCUAGGAGCGGACUCGAUAAAGAAGUACUGGUCGCGUUACUACCAGGGUUCCCAGGGGGUGGUGUUUGUCCUGGACAGCGCCUCCACAGACGAGGACCUGGAGAUGGCCCGAACUGAGCUUCACUCUGCCCUGCAGCACCCCCAGCUCUGUACCCUGCCCUUCCUCAUACUAGCCAACCACCAGGACAAACCAGCUGCUCGCACCACACAAGAGGUAGACCGAACGCACACAUGCAAAAGCACAUGGACGAAUCCGCACGCACGCGAACAGAUACACACUCACGCACACAUGCUACACGCUCUAAACAGGAGGAAACAACCAAUGAUGCAUAAAAAUGCUAUAGAUCAGAGAUCAUCAACUAGAUUCAGCCGCGGGCCAAUUUGUUCUUGAGCGGAUGUUCGGGGGGACUGGAACAUAAUAACAAAAAAAAGUAAACUGCUAAUUGACCGCAAGAAGCCUAAACAGAUAUAUAAUAUUUGACUAAAACAUAAUCAUUUCAAACCUUGAUUACAUUUGGGAACAUUGUCCUGCAUGUCCUGACUCUCUAGUCAUUCGAAAUCAUGGCACUUAUUGUAGGAGUGGGGGUGUUCACCCCGGUGUCAUGGCUAAAUUCCCAACCUGGCCACAUUCCAUCAUGGCCACCUAAUCAUUCCCCUCAUUCCUAAUUGGCAUAUAUCACUCCUCACCUCUCCACCUGAUAGCUGAUGUGUGGUGAGUGUUCUGGCACAAAAAUGGUCGCUGUGCAUCACUGAGGUGGGUGCUACACAUUGAUGGUGGAUGAGGUGAGCACGUAUGUAAAGCACGUUGAGUACCUCAGUUAGUAAAAAAGCACUAUAUAAAUCCAAUCAAUUAUUAUUUAUUAUUAUUAUUUGUAUACGAUCACAUACAGUGCAUUCGGAAUGUAUUCAGACCCCUUGAUUUUUUCCACAUUUUGUUACGUUACAGCCUUAUUCUAAAAUAGAUUACAUUGUUUUUUCCCCCCCCCUCAUCAAUCUACACACAAUACCCCAUAAUGACAAAGAAAAAAAUGGUUUUUAGACAUUUUUGAAAAUGAUAAAAAAAAAAAAAACGUAUAUCACAUUUACAUAAAUGUUCAGACCCUUUACUCAGUACUUUGUUGAAGAACCUUUGGCAACGAUUACAGCCUCGAGUCUAACUCUACAAGCUUGGCACAACUGUAUUUGGGGAGUUUCUCCCAUUCUUCUCUGCAGAUUCUCUCAAGCUCUGUCAGGUUGGAUGGGAGUGUCGCUGCAUAGCUAUUUUCAGGUCUCUCCAGAGAUGUUUGAUCGGGUUCAAGUCCGGGCUCUGGACUCAAGGACAUUCAUAGACUUGUCCUGAAGCCACUCCUGCGUUGUCUUGGCUGUGUUCUUAGGGUCGUUGUCCUGUUGGUAGGUGAACCUUCGCCCCAGUCUGAGGUCCUGAGCGCUCUGGAGCAGGUUUUCAUCAAGGAUCUCUCUGUACUUUGCUCCGUUCAUCUUUCCCUCGAUCCUGACUAGUCUCCCAAUCCCUGCCUCUGAAAAACAUCCCCACAGCAUGAUGCUGCCACCACCAUUCUUCACCGUAGGGAUGGUGCCAGGUUUUCUCCAGACGUGAUGCUUGGCAUUCAGGCCAAAGGGUUCAAUCUUUCAUCAGACCAGAUAAUCUUGUUUCUCAUGGUCUGAGAGUCCUUUAGGUGCCUUUUGGCAAACUCCAAGCUGGCUGUCAUGUGCCUUUUACUGAGGAUUGGCCACUCUACCAUAAAGGCCUGAUUGGUGGAGUGCUGCAGAGAUGGUUGUCCUUCUGGAAGGUUCUCCCAUCUCCACAGAGGAACUCUGGAGCUCUGUCAGAGUGACCAUCAGGUUCUUGGUCACCUCCCUGACCAAGGCCCUUCUCCCCCGAUUGCUAAAUUUGUCCAGUGUGGCCAGCUCUAGGAAGAGUCUUGGUGGUUCCAAACUUCUUUCAUUUAAGAAUGAUAGAGACCACUGUGUUUUUGGGGACCUUCAAUGCUGCAGAAAGUACACUUCCCCAGAUCUGUGCCUCGACACAAUCCUUUCUCGGAGCUCUACGGACAAUUCCUUCGACCUCAUGGCUUGGUUUUUGCUAUGACAUGCUCUGUCAACUGUGGGACCUUAUACAGACAGGUGUGUGCCUUUCCAAAUAAUGUCCAAUCAAAUUAAUUUACCACAGUUGGACUCCAAUCAAGUUGUAGAAACAUUUCAAAAAUAUCAAUGGAAACAGGAUGCACCUGAGCUUAAUUUCGAGUCUCAUAGCAAAGGGUCUGAAUACUUAUGUAAAUAAGGUAUUUCUGUUUUUUAUUUUUAAUACAUUUGAAAAAUAUUCUAAAUACCUGUUUUCACUUCGUCAUUAUGGGGUAUUGUGUGUGAUUUGAUGAGAUAAAAAAAAAAAAAUCCAUUUUAGAAAUAGGCUGGAACGUAACAAAAUGUGAAAAAACCUUCCUAAUAUUGAGUUGCACCCCCUUUUGCCCUCAGAACAUCUUCAAUUCGUCGGGGCAUGGACUCUACAAGGUGUUGAAAGCAUUCCACAGGGAUGCUGGCCCAUGUUGACUCCAAUGCUUCCUACAGUUGUGUCAAGUUGGCUGGAUGACCUUUAGGUGGUGGACCAUUCUUGAUACAGAUGGGAAACUGUUGAACGUGAAAAACCCAGCAGCGUUGCAGUUCUUGACACACUCAAGCCGGUGCGCCUGGCACCUACUACCAUACCUCGUUCAAAGAUACUUUAAAUCUUUUGACUUGCCCAUUCACCCUCUGAAUGGCACACAUACACGAUCCAUUUCUCAUUUGUCUUAAGGCUUAAAAAUCCUUCUUUAACCUGUCUCCUCCCUUUCAUCUACACUGAUUGAAGUGGAUUUAACAAGUGACAUCUAAGGGAUCAUAGCAUUCACUUGGUCAGUCUAUGUCAUGAAAAGAGCAUGUGCUCUUAAUGUUUUGUACACUCAGUGUAUGUAUAUAUAUGGUAACGAUAGACUAGCUGCCUCAGGGUACAGGGAUGUUCUGGCUCAGACAAGACUACUUAUGGUAACAAUGCAACACUGACAUACAAACCUGGGCCUGGGGAUGCAGCUUCACACUCAAGUAGAUCAAUUAUGGUAACAUAACACUUAAACAGUGGGAUAUUUACGCACUUCCUUUCGCACCUUUUGAAUUCAAACAGACAAGGAAUACUAAAAACCAUACCCAGCAGGCAUAAUUUGGCACAUUACAAUCAGGUAAAGACGUCUUCCCCAUACAACCUGCCAAUGGCGUCAUGACAACGUCACUCCAACCAGUUAUAGGCCAGUAGACACCAUAUAGAGUUCUAAUUUACAGAGCCUUGCAAAAGUACAGUGAGGGAAAAAAGUAUUUGAUCCCCUGCUGAUUUUGUAAGUUUGCUCACUGACAAAGAAAUGAUCAGUCUAUAAUUGUAAUGGUAGGUUUAUUUGAACAGUGAGAGACAGAAUAACAACCAAAAAAUCCAGAAAAACACAUGUCAAAAAUGUUAUAAAUUGAUUUGCAUUUUAAUUUUAAUUAGUAUUUGACCCCCUCUCAAUAAGAAAGAUUUCUGGCUCCCAGGUGUCUUUUAUACAGGUAACGUGCUGAGAUUAGGAGCACACUCUUAAAGGGAGUGCUCCUAAUCUCAGUUUGUUACCUGUAUAAAAUACACCUGUCCACAGAAGCAAUCAAUCAAUCAGAUUCCAAACUCUCCACCAUGGCCAAGACCAAAGAGCUCUCCAAGGAUGUCAGGGACAAGAUUGUAGACCUACACAAGGCUGGAAUGGGCUACAAGACCAUCGCCAAGCAGCUUGGUGAGAAGGUGACAACAGUUGGUGUGAUUAUUCGCAAAAUAACUGUCAAUCUCCCUCGGCCUGGGGCUCCAUGCAAGAUCUCACCUCGUGGAGUUGCAAUGAUCAUGAGAACGGUGAGGAAUCAGCACAGAACUACACAGGAGGAUCUUGUCAAUGAUCUCAAGGCAGCUGGGACCAUAGUCACCAAGAAAACAAUUGGUAACACACUACGCCGUGAAGGACUGAAAUCCUGCAGCGCCUGCAAGGUCCCCCUGCUCAAGAAGCACAUAUACAUGCCCGUCUGAAGUUUGCCAAUGAACAUCUGAAUGAUUCAGAGGAGAACUGGGUGAAAGUGUUGUGGUCAGAUGAGACCAAAAUCGAGCUCUUUGGCAUCAACUCAACUCGCCGUGUUUGGUAGGAGGAGGAAUGCUGCCUAUGACCCCAAGAACACCAUCCCCACCGUCAAACAUGGAGGUGGAAACAUUAUGCUUUGGGGGUGUUUUUCUGCUAAGGGGACAGGACAACUUCACCGCAUCAAAGGGAUGAUGGACGGGGCCAUGUACCGUCAAAUCUUGGGUGAGAACCUCCUUCCCUCAGCCAGGGCAUUGAAAAUGGGUCGUGGAUGGGUAUUCCAGCAUGACAAUGACCCAAAACACAUGGCCAAUUCAACAAAGGAGUGGCUCAAGAAGAAGCACAUUAAGGUCCUGGAGUGGCCUAGCCAGUCUCCAGACCUUAAUCCCAUAGAAAAUCUGUGGAGGGAGCUGAAGGUUUGAGUUGCCAAACGUCAGCCUCGAAACCUUAAUGACUUGGAGAAGAUCUGCAAAGAGGAGUGGGACAAAAUCCAACUAUACACUGGAGUUGCUUACCAAGAAGUUAGUUCUGUUAGUUUGGACUUAAAUCUGCUUUAAAAUAUGUGGCAAGACUUGAAAAUUUGCUGUCUAGACAUGAUCCCUAACAGCUUAACAGAGUUUGAAGAAUUUUUAAAAGAAUAAUGGGUAAAUACUGCACAAUCCAGGUGUGCAAAGCUUCUAUAGACUCACCCAAGAAGACUAACAGCUGUAAUCGAUGCCAAAGGUGUUUCUAACAUGUAUUGACUCAGGGAACUGAAUACCUACGCAAUGACUAUAUUUUAGUUAUUUAAUUUGUAUCAAUCUUUUAAAAAAGUUAAACAUUUUCUUCCACUUUGACAUUAGAGUAUUUUGUGUAGAUUGUUGACAAAAAAUUACAAUUCAAUCAUUUGAAUCCCACUUUAUAACACAAUACAAUGUGAAGAAAUCCAGGGCUCUGAAUACUUUUGCAAGGCACUGUACCUGACCUGCACUAACUUCUGGUUGAGAAGAGGUCAUAUAACCAGAUUACAAUCAAAUAAACACGUCUUCUCAUACAAUCAACCUGACUAUGAAGUCCUAAAAGACGUCAUAAUGAUGUCAUUGCAACUCACAAAUUGCUAAUCACAUUAUUGUGGGAGUACCUUCUCUAAGAGUAUGAAUUAAGGCUUUUUGAGAAGGUUUGAAUCCUAAACAACCUGCCUACACCUUGUUUGAAGUACGAUAGACCAACAUAGUUACUGUAGUAAGUCAAAGCUGUGUGUUGUAUAACCUUGGUAGAGCAUGGGUGAAGUAGGCAUUGUGAAUUUUCUUUAUUUUUCGGCUACAGGCCUGCCUACUUCUCACACAAAACAUAUAGUUUUCGUGUUUAAUAGAAUAGAGGCUCUGCCUGACCUGCACUAACUUCUCACAAUCCCAUGAUGCCCCAGCGCAGCCCUGUGAUCACAGCAGGGGUCAGACUGUCGUCAUAG